UUGAGACGAACACAUUCAAAACUUACAUUUAUUUUGUAUAAACAGAAUGGGGCUUCACUCCCUUUGUGGCAGAGUCCUUCUGGGACUGUCCCUGUCUUUACUACUCUCUAUUUUCUGCAUUGCUGAUGACAACACAAUUAAGGUGGUUGGUUUUGGAGAAUGUGCUGAUUGCAAGGAGAAUAAUAUUAACACUAUUCAUGCUCUAUCAGGACUUCAUGUAAGCAUUGACUGCAAGCUUGAAAAUGGAGAAAUCAAAACAAGGGGUGAAGGAGCACUUGACCAAGAUGGCAAGUUUGAAGUGUCACUUCCUAAGGAGAUGAUGAAAGAUGGCAAGCUGAAAGAGGAAUGCUAUGCGCAGUUACAUAGUGCAUCAGCUGCACCAUGUCCAGCACACAAUGGCAUUGAAUCAUCCAAGAUUGUUAGUAUCAAAACUGAUGGAAAACAUACAUUGAAAACAGCUGGAAAUCUUAAGUUCUCAACACCCUUGUGCACUUCUGCUUUCUUGUGGCCUUACUUUAAGUACCCACAGUUGCCACCUUUCCCAAAAGAUCAUUCUUGGAUGAAGAAGUUCCCUAAGUUGCCACCAUUUCCACCAAUGCCACCAUUGGGACACCCUUUCCCUCUUCCACCUAUUCCUCCCUUUUUUAAAAAGCCAUGUCCCCCACCGCUAGAAAAGCCACUUCCUCCUCCAGUUCCCGUUUACAACCCAACACCAAAGCCCACACCAGAGCCACCAGUAGUUAAGCCACUUCCUCCUCCCGUUCCUGUUUACAAACCAAAACCAAAGCCUCCUCCAGUUCCUGUUUACAAACCAAAACCAAAGCCUCCUCCAGUUCCCGUCUACAAACCAAAACCAAAGCCUCCUCCAGUUCCUGUCUACAAGCCCAAACCAGAGCCUCCAGUUAAAAAGCCAUGUCCCCCUUCAGUUCCAAAACCAAAGCCUCCACCAGUUAAAAAACCAUGCCCUCCUAAAGUUCCAACUCACAAACCCAAGCCUAAACCAGAGCCACCAGUAGUAAAGCCACUUCCUCCUCCAGUUCCAGUUUACAAACCACCAGUAGUGAAGCCACUUCCUCCACCAGUUCCAAUUUACAAAAAGCCAUGCCCACCACUUCCACACCUUCCACCACUGCCACCAAUAGUGAAGCCACUUCCUCCUCCAGUUCCAAUUUACGUGCCACCAAUAGUAAAACCCCUGCCACCACCAGUUCCAAUUUACAAAAAGCCAUGCCCACCACUUCCACCAUUCCCUAAAAUUCCUCCAUUCCACCAUCCUCUCUUCCCACCACUCCCACCUAAGAUUCCUCACUCAUAGACCAAAGCAUUAAAUUCAAGAGUUCCUUUUGGGUGUAUGUAGCCAUGAAAAUUAUUUGCAUUUUAAUGAAUAAAAUCAACAUUCAAGAGAUAUAAUGCUUGAGAAUGUCAAAAGUAAGAGAUGAGAGAAAUAGGAAAGUUAUUUGGGGUGGGGAGUGUUGGUUUGCUUAGUUAAUUAGUUUUCAUGCAAAUGUUUGUAUAUCAAUCAUGGUCCAGUGGGUGAUGUUGUAUACGUUUGAGAACGGAUCUUUUAAAUUUUUCUUGUUAUGUUAUUGUUUAUUCUCAUUCAUAGAAACUACUCAUCGUUGUACUGCUCCUUUCUAAUGCUACAAAGUUAAUUAAUAAUGUCAGUAUUAA